CAUGAUCCUGGAAACAUAACGUUGAUAACCUAUUUUCUGGACAAAAUAUUUAUCAUACCUUUUAACAAUAACAUAAGAGAGUAAUAGUUAAUUUUACUGUUGCACUAUUUUUGUAGUUUAUUUCGUGUAUAAUUAUCAUUAGGGGGUGAACAGACGACCUACACACGCGAGUAGAAGAAUGAACAACAUUCGGCUUCUUCAGAAUUUUCUCCGUUCCUCAUCUCGACUUCAGCAUGUGAGAUGGGCCAGUUCUUUGAUACAAAACUAUGACUUUGAAAGUUUCGUUGCUGCUAAUGAACCCAUGCCUAGCUAUGGGCCGGACUCACCAGAAAGGAAGCAGUUGUAUGAAGCUCUGAACAAAUAUAAGGAUACAACCACCGACAUCCCCAUUGUCAUCGGAGACGAAGAGUUCAGAACCAAGGAUGUGCGAUACCAAGUUAUGCCUUUUGAUCAUCAGAAGAAAACAGCCAAGUUUUAUUAUGCAACACCAGAUAUCAUCCAGAAAGCAAUAGACAAUUCUCUCAAGGCCAGAAAACAAUGGGAGUUAACUCCUUUGGAGAAGAGGGCGGAAAUCUUCAUGACUGCUGCUGAAAUGAUCAGCAAGCAGAAAAGGAUGGAUGUCAUGGCAACAACCAUGCUAGGCCAGGCAAAGAAUAUAUGGCAAGCAGAGAUAGAUGCAGCAGCAGAGCUUGUUGAUUUCUUACGAUUCAACUGCCAGUUCUCUCGUGAUAUUACUAGAUACCAACCUCUUAGUCCCAGUGAAAGUGUAAACAAUUCUGCCAUCUACCGUGGAUGUGAGGGCUUCUGGGCAGCGAUCACGCCGUUUAACUUCACUGCUAUUGGAGGUCACCUAUGCUCCGCUCCAGCUUUAAUGGGUAAUGUAAGCCUAUGGAAGCCAUCGGACACUGCCAUGUUGUCUAACUACACAGUGUUUAAAAUCUUCAGGGAGGCGGGGCUACCUCCAGGUGUCAUUAACUUUGUGCCUGCUGAUGGACCGGUAUUUGGUGAUGUCAUCACAAAAUCGCCACAUCUUGCAGGUGUUAACUUCACUGGUAGUGUCAGAACAUUUAAAACAAUAUGGAAGCUUGUUGCCCAAAACCUAGACAACUACGUCUCAUAUCCAAGGCUGAUUGGAGAAUGUGGAGGAAAGAAUUUCCAUUUUGUCCACAAGUCAGCGGAUGUGAAAUCAGUGGCUGUUGGUACAGUUAGGUCCGCAUUCGAGUACGGAGGACAGAAGUGUUCAGCCUGCUCUCGUAUGUACAUUCCUCAGUCAAUUUGGCCCGAAGUCAAACAGAAAAUGCUAGACAUUCUCAAAGAAAUCCAACUGGGCUCACCUCUGGACAACAAAAUCUUCUUGUCAGCUGUGAUAGACGAUAAGGCUUUCAACAGAAUCAAAUCUUACAUUGAAUAUGCAAAGAAUUCUCCUAAUCUCUCCAUUGUGGCUGGUGGAAAAUGUGAUGACAGUCAAGGCUAUUUCGUUCAACCAACAGUAAUUGAGACUUCUGAUCCACAAGAUAAAAUUAUGCAAGAGGAAAUCUUUGGUCCUGUGCUGUCAGUGUUUCCCUACCCUGAUGAUGAAUACCUAAAGUAUGCACAGAUGGCUUCCAAAACCUCACCUUUUGCUCUUACCGGAGCCAUAUUUGUGAAAGACUCUGUAGCAAGAGAAGAAUUAGUGGACACAUUUAGAGAGUCAGCAGGAAACUUCUACAUUAACGACAAAUCCACCGGAUCAGUAGUUGGCCAGCAACCUUUUGGUGGUGACCGCUUGUCAGGAACCAAUGAUAAGGCUGGGGGUCCUCAUUACUUGAUGAAGUUUGUAUCUGUGAAGUGCGUUAAGGAAACCAAAACUCCCCUCAAGGAGUGGCUCUUACCAUCUAUGAAGUAGAUGAAGUCCAGGAAAGAGAAGAAUUCCACAUUACGUUGAACAAAACUGAUGAAAUAUUUAUUACGGGAAAUGGUUUAAAGACAAAAAACAAACUGAAAACCUUUGCAGAUUUUUCAGCCUCUCUAUAUACCGGUAUAUAGCCAUAUUUUACAUCUUCCAUUUUAUUUUAAAAAUAUGCAUAUUAGAUUUUGUAUUGAAUUGUUGCAGUGUUUUUACAUGACUGUUCUAGUAUCAGUGUUUUUUUUAUUUCAUAAAAUAUCAUGCCAUUUUUUUUGCUCAAAAUGUUUUCAAUAAAACCAGGUUUGACAAAUUUGAUAGAAUAAGCAGAAAAAAAGACAAUAUGGUGAAGUACAUGUACUUUAUAUUACAUCUUUUCAUGAUUCGUUGAAAUUUUUUUCUUUUAUGACAUUGCUGAGUGGCAACAAUGUGUGAUUCUUUUUUACAUAACAAUGUGUUGAUGAAUGCACUUUAAAAUUGAAUAGAAAUCCAUAAAAAAAUUAGAUAGGAGAAACAUAUCAUCAAAAUCUGUGUAAUAUGGGGGAAAAUGUAAUUUUACUGUGAAUUUCUUAUUUUAUGCGAGUACCUUUAAAUUCCUCAAUUCCGCUGUUUUGUAAGAAUCGGGAGGAUAAAAAAUCUCAAGCACCAAUUUUUUGCUAUUAUUUCAUAUUGUUCAAAACUGUUCUAAAAAAUAAAAGCGAGAUUUUAAAAUCUUAGAGGGUUGCUCCUUACAAUUGUAUGUGGGUAUUAAUUCUUUUUAAUGAGGAAUCUACAGUAUAUGAACAAGUGUGUUACAUGUACACAUGUAUUUGAUUUUUGUGUCUAGUUAGUAAAUUGUCAAUCUGGACAAUUAUGCAUCCUUGAAAAGGUCUUAUUUCAGAAAUUAUUGUAUGAAAAACUUAGUGUUUCCAUAGUGCUUGCUUUCAAGUGAUCAAACAUAAUAUUGCUGAUUUUACAAUUUUAUUUUUUUGUUGUUGUUUUGUUUUGAAGAGAUAUUUUAUUAGUUUUUUUGUAUAUCUUUACCUGAAUUGUUAUGAGAUUUCUUUGCUAUAACUUAAAUUGGUUAGGAAAGUACAUGCACGAACUGUGGAGCAUAAUGCAUUUGUUACCAUUUCACGUUAUAUAAUAUUGUCUCAAUGUCAUAUCAGUUAAUGUUAGUAGAAUCCUUUGUCAAAAUCUAGAAAAAAAAAUUGAAAUAGUAAAAUUACUACAUCAUUCUUAAAAGCUACAUGUACCAUAAUCCUGUCAACUGGCGAUUAAAUUAUUAUAAAAAAAGAAGUUGCUAAUAUUGCACCUAUUCCCCUCACUUAAAGCAGUCUUCAUUUGUCAGAAAUUUAAAAAGAUAAACAUAUUAAAGUCUGUAGAUGUUAUGGAACUCUGGUGUUUCCAUUUUGAUUUAAAAGAAACAUUUUUUUGCAUGUAGGUCAGUAUAAUAUGAUUCUAACUGAUGGCAUUAUUAAAAAAAACACCCAAAAACAACCAUGAUAUUACUAUGGUGUACUCUGAAUAUUUAUUUUACUGGUAAUUUGAAAUUUUUGAAACAUGUAUAUACAUGUAAUACACUGUAUAUGGUAAUUUUAAUACAGGAAAUGAUAUUUAUAUGUGUAUACAUGGGUAUGGCUGUAACAUAUUGUGAAUUAGACAUCUGAAAGAAAUGAACAAAUUCCUUGUAAAAAUAAUUAACUUUUUUUUUUUAAAUUUCUGUUUCAUUUUCAUCUGCAGUUUAAGAAAUAAAAAUUAUUUGGAAAGUAAAGAUAUCUAAUUGAAAUACAUGAAGUGUAUUAUGAAGAAUGAAGUGAUGUCUGGUUAUAAUAAGAAUGGUUGCCUUAACUUAUUGAAUUGAUUUUUGCAUCAAACACUUGACUUUACCACCAAUUACAGCUCUCAAAACAACAUACUUGAUUAUUUUAUAUGUCUCUCUUUACUUUAAUUAGAAGUUUUCUUAUAAAGUAUUGUACAACUAAUAACUAGUAGCAAUUAUUUAAUUUAAUACCAUGAAGAUAUUAAUCGCUUCUAUUAGUGAAAGCCCCUUUUUGCAGAAUACAUACAGAAGAAUGAGAAAAAAAACCCCAAAACUUGAUUCAUAUGAUAAAAAUUACUCUAAUUGAUUAUUGUAGCUUGAUUACUAAAGAAAAUUUAAAUAAUUAUCAGCAAUUUCCUUUUAAUGUGAGACAUCAAAAAUUGAUAGAAAAGUAGACUUUUCAAUUGAGAUGAGAAUUAUAUACCGUAUUUAUUAAGUCAAAGGGGUCAUGAAGAGAUUAAAGGUAGUUAAGAAAUUAUGAUAUCUUAAAGCAAAAAUUUGCAAAAUAUGGAAACAGCAAAAUGCAGAUUUAUAUCAAAUGUUUUUAAAUUGUUGAAGAAUUUCGUUUUGGAUUGAUCAUGUGAACAAUUUAGAUCAUUGGGCUUUUUUGCUUUUGUUGGACAUCUACAUUAGAUGGGUUAUUACAGUUUGUUCUACAAUAGAAAUAAAAUAUUUGUUUCCCUUGUGUUACAAGUUUGUUUAAUGGCAGUGAAUAAAUUCACAUUUUGGA